AUGAAAGUUUGCGUGUUUGGAGAUCAGCACCAUCUUGACGAGGCUAACGCCAACGGCAUUCCAUGUAUGAGCGCAGACGACUUGAAGAAGCUAAACAAGAACAAAAAACUGAUCAAGAAGUUGGCGAAGAGCUACGAUGCCUUCCUCGCUUCCGAGUCUCUGAUCAAACAGAUCCCUCGUAUCAUUGGUCCUGGUCUAAACAAGGCCGGAAAGUUCCCGUCUGUCGUAACCCAUGCUGAACCGUUGACAGCAAAAGUAGAAGAAACUAAGGCAACUAUCAAGUUCCAGAUGAAGAAGGUCUUGUGCCUCUCCGUUGCUGUGGGACAUGUUGAGAUGUCCCAAGAAGAGCUCGUGUCCAACAUCUCGCUAUCAAUCAACUUCCUUGUCUCACUUCUCAAGAAAAACUGGCAGAACGUACGCUCGCUCAACAUCAAGUCAACAAUGGGCAAAGCUCAGCGUUUGUAUUGA